AUGUUCUUGGGAAGGAACGGAACCACCUUCCUGGACAACACAAACUUCCAGUACAAGUGCAGCGAGGAUGGCGGCUGGCAUGACUUCUUUUCUGGAGAGGAGGAGCUGGUGCCCUGGUCCGAAACAAAGGAGCGCGCCACGGGAGAGACCUGUGCCCGCUACAGCUUGCAGAAGAUUGAUGAGAUCAUGUACAACACUGUCCAGACAAAACCAGACCUUCUAGACUUCAUCGGCGUGAAGAAGGUUUGGAAGUACAGGCCAUGGGUGCAGGAGUUCAUAGACCAGCAGCUGGAGAAACUUGCAGAGCAGAAGCAUCCCACCAUGGGCUUUCACAUCCGUGGUGGCGACAAAGUCUUCGAGGAUAAAUUCUUGAAACGAGCGACAACAACGCCGUUGGACACUGUCCAGACCUUUGCACAGACCUACCCCAAAGUCAGGGGUGGCACAUGUGUUGUGAUUGGCGAUGAGCAUGCCAAGGUGACUGAGGCAGCCAAGGCCGCUGAGAGGCAUCUCAAGUGCAAGUCCUUCCGCAGCUCGCCUUUCUGGCGGAAAGAGGGCUUCUCACAGGACAUGCACAACAAGGAGGGAUAUGAUGUGAAGUGCGGGGGGACGGUCAAGAUGCUCAUUGACAUGGAGCUGCUGGCGCACUCCGACUACAUGGUGGCCUCGGACCACUCGAAGUGGGCGAAAGUCCUGCAAUACCUGCGCUACGUCCUAUAUGAGCAUGACAGGAGCUCAUUUGUGGACGCCAGCAGCGAGCACAACGACUUGUAUUCAGCCAUCAGGAAGUUCAUCAGGCCCAAUGCCUUCGACGUGCAUCAUGAGGGGCACCACAAGGAGCACAAGGCGGGGGCUGUCCCUGCGGCAGAGGCGACCGUUGCCAGGAAGAAGGCCAAAAAGAUGCCCAAAGCCACACCGGCCCCAACCAAGCCACCCAAGGCUGCAGUGGCGGAUGAUGAGGAAGAGUAUGACUAUGAAGAGGAGGAGGAGUGAGGGCAUGGAUUUGCUUGGAAGUUUAUCCUUUAGCUGAGAACGUUGACCAGGCAUACAAGCAAUCAGACCACCUCUUUUCUUGCCGAUGCAAACCUGAUGCUUUUGCAUGUUGGCAAUAAGCCAUAGUGGACUCUUUUCAUCGCGCAGGAUGAGUCCUCAAAGCUCUGGGUAUUAAGCUGUUAGAGAGAUUGAGAACUUACUGUAGACCUUAGGCUGCAUUCCACUGAAUAGGCAACAAUGUCCUGCCUGUCAAAAGUGGAACACUGAUGAAUUAUUUUGGACUUGAGAAGGGUGCGCCACAUUUGCCUGUUGUCAAGACUGUUUGUCACGGUUCUACAUC